CUUAGGGAAAGAAGAAGUCCAUCCUCUGGAGAUACUAGAAGCAAGAGAGAGGGGAACAUAACAGUUCUAGGGGAAGGCAACGGGAGAAAGAGCACAGACAGACCUGAAAUCUCAGAAUUCUCAUAGUACGGUAGUCCAGAUACGUACUGCAGAGGUGAGCUAGAUACAUACGUGAGCUAGGUAGGUACGGCCGAUACCUAAAUACGGGUUUCUUAUCCUUUUAGAAAAGGAUAAGAAACAAAUAGAAUAGGUAACAUAUAGGAUUCAUUCUAUUUGACCCACUACGGCCGUGAAAGGUUGACCAUUGUCGUCAACUAGGGAGACUUCAGUCAGCUCCCCGCCAGCUGGUGACUUCUGAAAAAACGAAACAGGGAACUGUCAGGUGCACCCAUUGGAGCCAAUGUUCUACACACAGAAGGACUGCACCCCAUGAGGAAGAAAAACAACCAUGAGACACUUUUUUAUACCGGCCCGCGCCACGGCUAAAAACUGGCAGCCAGACAUUUAUGUGUUUGGUUUCAUUUCUGUAUCUAAUCGAUUCUAUGGUGAUUCUGGUCGAGCUAUUGGUAAUGUUGAAAAGAAUUCUACUCAUAAGUCAGUUGGUGGUGAUUUUCUCAAGAAACCAGUAUCUCCAAUGCAAAGGAAUACAAUGGCUUUCGUUCGUUAUUUACUUCCCUUGAUUAGUUCCAUAGCUGCCUUCUGUUUUGGACGUUUUCUAGGAUCAGAAGGAAUCGCUAUAAUGACCACAGAUCUUUAUUUAUCUGAUGUUUUAUCUUUUGUUCUUUUUAGUUUUAGUGUGGGGACCUUCAUUACUGCCGAGACUGAAUACGGUCUGAUGCUGGCCUCUUCGGGGGGUUCGGGCUCGUCAAACUCGACCUCGUGGUCGGGGAAGGCUUCCUUCGAGGAGCAGGUGCUAUUAGAACCUUUUCCCGAUACGGACACCGAUAGCGGUUCCGUGAAUCAACCGGGGCCUGCUAAUCCAGUCGCUUCCCCGGGGGCGGCUCAAGAGGCCCCGCCGCAGGCGCCAGCACCGGCAGAAGUUGCCCACCCCGCUCCCGAUCAAGAGGAGCGUGCCGCACUUCGAGAAGAGGUGAAGACUCUUAUUAUCCGACAACUUGACGAAGCGUCUAGAAAGGCGCAGGGGGUGCGGCUAUCCGUGCUAUUCCCGGAAAUGGCAGAAAUCCACUCCAGUGCCACAGAGAACAUUAUGUCUCACGACCUGGAAAUCACCGGAGAGACUGAUGCGGAAAGCCUCCGGGAAUGGCGGGAUAGAAUCAGGGAUAACCCUAAUCUGCUGAAGCCGCUCAUUAAGGAGUACCUUCCUAAACCUAAAAAGUGAGAGGGUACUCUGUUUUCAGACACUCGGGAUGGGGGAUCACUUGUAGGAAUGACAUAAUGCUAAUCCAUGUUCCACACGGCCAAGGAAGGACAGGUUGGUUCGAGGACCCGUUAUACGCGAUGUGGCGAAAAAGACUGAUUCAACGAGAUAUGAAAUGCCCGCAUUAAGAUUUAAAACUUGUCGUCUACUUUCAGGAAAUGUUCGGAACAGAGAACUUACAAUAAUACAACGCCGCAUUCUCCGAAGAUUGAGGAAGAAGAAGAGAUUUUUUAAGAGAAAGAUUUAUCCGAGAAAAAAUCUUAACAGUUACAUCCAAUCACAAACUACACGAAAGUUGCCCCUUUUUCAUGGGGAUUUACCCAUCACAGAGAUGCACAGAGGAACAGAACGAACUUCAUAUAUCCCUUUUCCACUCAAUCCAGAAACAAGAUCGGACGUUAUUCCGGUUCGUCUCCAUUUUCGUGAAACUAUUCCUCAAGCAAGGCAGCCGAUAAGUCAUCGAAGGGUUUGUGUGAAUAAUAGAAUGGUAAGCAUUACUCAUUUUAAACUUUCCCACGGUGAUAUAAUAUCUUUUCAAGAAAAUAACGCGAGAAUCCGCGGUGAAGAAAUAAGGAGAUUUUUCUAUAUCGAAAUAUCAGUUGAAAAAAUCAUAGGAAAAUUCCUGGAUCACCCGGUAAGAAUGUGGAGAAGAACCAAAACAGAAUGGUUCCACCUACUCAAAACUAAGAGGGGAUGCCACCUACUACUAAAAUCCCGGUUUUUGCAAUGGGUGUGUUCUUUUAUGCAAGAAGAAGACUUAGAAAGAUUUGGAUCCGAAAAAGUAUGCUUAGGCAGUUCCUUCGCUGAGCACAACAGAAUGAAGAGGAAUUUGUAUC